UGCGUGGCCCCAAAACCCUGAUUAAACCCUAAUCCAAGUUGAGCAAAAUUGCAGAGGUGAAAAACUUGUGAGCAAAAUUGGAUAGUCAUGAGAAGGGUUAACGGAAUCGCUUUGCUCGGCCGCACCGCCGCUGGUAUUGGCGGCGCCACCAGAGUCAGCGGCGCAACUCCACAGCGACUGGUUCAAGCAGCGACGAUAGGCUUGUGCUCGAAUUCGAAUCCGCUGUGGUUCAAUCGUCAAAGCUCCGGCGAUCGCUUUGGCCUAUCGAAACCCUCAGUGGCUGCCGGAGGCGCCAAGUGCUUCUCUACUUCCGUGGCUCAGGAGGUGCACUCCCACGUCUCCGCCGAUAAGUUCGCUCCGAACGACGUCGUUCUGUACCAGUACGAAGCCUGCCCUUUCUGCAACAAGGUUAGAGCAUUUUUGGACUAUAAUAACAUUCCGUACAAAGUUAUGGAGGUUAAUCCCAUGAGCAAAAAGGAGAUCAAAUGGUCUGAUUACAAGAAGGUGCCGAUACUGAAAGUUGACGAUGAACAGAUGGUGGAUUCUUCAGAUAUAAUUGAUAAGCUAUUCCAAAGAAUCAAUCCUGAGAACAGUUUUGUUGAUAGUGAGGAAGAAAAGAAGUGGCGCCAGUGGGUGGAUGAUCACUUGGUACAUGUUUUAUCACCAAACAUAUAUCGAACUCCUUCAGAAGCUCUUGAGUCAUUUGAUUAUAUAACCAGUCACGGGAAUUUCAGUUUAUCCGAAAGGCUAGUAGCCAAGUAUGGUGGAGCUGCAGCAAUGUAUUUUGUAUCAAAAAAAUUGAAGAAGAGACACAAUAUCACCGAUGCUCGUGCAGCUUUAUAUGGAGCUGCAGAGACUUGGGUGGAUGCUCUGAAAGGCCGGCAGUUUCUUGGUGGAUCAACUCCUAACUUGGCUGAUCUUGCUGUAUUUGGUGUUUUGAGGCCGAUUCGGCACCUUAAAUCUGGCAAAGAAAUGGUGGAGAACACCCGAAUCGGUGAAUGGUAUAGUCGAAUGGAGGGUGCAGUGGGAGAGUCUGCUAGAGUCAAUGCCUAAAGGUGGAGCAAAUUAGUUGCUUCAGAAGUAUCCUUGACUCUACUCCAGAGUCCAGCCAUUGGUUGUCAAGUCUUAAGGAAUUACUAAUAAAUGAUACGUCACUAAUAAUUUCAAAUUUACCACAUAUCUUCUAGCUGUAUUGCAUUACAUCAUAUACUAUUCAACCUUCACAAUAA